GUCAAUUUUUAUUGUAGUGUUGUCAAACUACUAAAUCAUUACAUUUUACAACACUAGUCUAUUAUUUACGUUUUAUCAAAAUAUAAACAAGUUUGAUGGAGAAACAAGCAAUACACACAAAAAAUAAAAUAUUUGUAGAAAAAUGGUGAAAAUUUGUUUUAAUAAAACUAAUAACAUUGAAAUUAAUGCUGAAAGUGCUGCAGAAGCUUAUAAAUAUGUGGCAGAAACAAUGAAAUUGACCCCCAAUGAUUUUUAUUUGGAGCAAAAUGGAAAGCGUUUAAAUGAUGAAUUGGUUGGAGAAGUUCCUGUUUAUGUGCGUCUCUGUGUUUUGGGAGGCAAAGGAGGUUUUGGAUCAAUGCUAAGAGCUAUAGGAGCACAAAUAGAAAAAACCACUAACCGAGAAGCUUGCCGAGAUCUUAGUGGUCGACGUUUGAGAGAUAUUAACGAAGAAAAACGUCUUAAGGCCUGGUUGGAAAAACAAGGAGAACGUGAGCGCGAAGCUGAGGAAAGAAAGAAAAGGAAAAUUGAAAAACUCUUGGCUGUGCCCAAGCAUGAAUUCAAGGAUGAAGAGUACGAAGAGGCCAGAUCAAAACUUACUGAGAAAGUGUGUGAUGCGGUAGAAGAAGGCUUCAAAAAAGCCAGCGGCACAGAUUUAAAGCGUAAAAAUGAGGCAUCUACAUCACAAAAAGCUGUACCCGCUAAAAAGAAAAAACCUGCUUUAUGGUUAGAUGACGACGUUUCUUCAGGCGAUGACAGUGAAUCAAGUGAUGACGACUCGGACUCUUCGAAAAGCUCGAAAAAUAAAAAUGCGGAAAAGGAUUCCGAAGACUCUAACUCAAAUCAAACCAAAUUACAGGAUAGUGACAAAGAUUCAAAUUUAGAUUCCGGCUGCGACUCUGUUUCUAGUAAACAACAGUUGUAAUUUAUUGAUGUAUAAAUAAUGAAUGUAAUUGAUAAAUUUAAAUUUAUUAUAAUAUCUAUUACUAUGUCUACAAUUAACAAAUAAAAUAUACAAAUAUUUUACGAUCUAAAAAUAUUUUUAAUU